GGCACCGACUUCACCGCCAACUUUGGCACCGACUUCACCGCCAACUUUGGCACCGACUUCACCGCCAACUUUGGCACCGACUUCACCGCCAACUUUGGCACCCACUUUGGCGUCGACUUCACCACCGACUCCGGUAUCCAUAAGUUUACGGCCUCAGGUGUGGACUUCACCACCGACUUCGUCAUCGUCUCCAAGACGGCAGAGACUUCACGACCGGCUCAGGACUCGUUUCUUGAAUUACCGACUUGGGAUCUGCCUUCGCCCCCAACACUCUCGCCAUUGAUGCCACGUUUACGGCUAAUACAAUCAUCAGUCAAGUCAAUACAGUGGUCACCGUCACCGUCACCGCGGUUUACGGCUCCGGUAGAACCGCAAACACAAUCGACGCCAACGAUACCAAUCCAGCGGUGGUCGGCGCCGACAGAGAGCCCAUCAUUGCCCACGAGAGCUAAUAAACGACCGGUGCCUACAGUGACAGUACAACCACCCGUGCGAACCAAAAAGCCUACGCAGACACCGGUGUCAGUACAACCAUCGCCCACAACUACCGAACCGGUGUCCAUAGCGCCAGAGUUAACGACAAUUCAAUGGCUAGACUUACCGGUAGAACCACAACAACCGAUGCCCCAAAUGUCUGUCGGCAAAGGCCAGUCCACCCGUUCACAAACGCUCACACUAUUGAAUCCGGACUCAAUAUCUGCGAAAAGUUUGCAAAACGUUGCCUCCAUUACCAACCCGGUGAAAGACCGGCAGUCGCUCUACGGGGGUACAGGUGCCAGAGGAGGCCGGCCGGGCGCCUACUCUAGCCUAUUGCCAUCGUUCACGUCGCUCAUCACCAGCUACCUGCAUAUGGUGCCCACCGUCAUGAAUAUGAACGCCAUCGCCGACAAGAUGUCCAAUUAUAUGCCGAUAGGCAUGUCGGACAGUGUGCGCCGGUUCGCCGGUACCGUCACCUACGAUAUGCCCCGUAUGUCGCUAUCAAUGCCCACAACUUUGGCGCUGUUGAACACCGCGUUGGACAGAAUGCGAAAUAUAAGUGUCGGCGCUAAUAGUCCACUGUAUGCCACAAACAGCCGGCAAUUGAUUAAUCCCGGUCUAACAGCUGAAGCUCUAAAAGUAAAGGCAGCGCUCGAUAACUAUAACUCAGUAGUGACCCAAUCAUUUCCGUCAGUGCUAAGGGUAGUCAGCGAUCACAUGCGGAACCGGCGGACAGACGCGCGGACACUCACGUCGGACGUGCAGCUCAUGACCACAUCCGUAGACAAUAUGAACCGAGCGAUGGACAAACUGCGGCGGAUCGUCACUAACCUAAACCAAUACAUGGACGCUAUGCCGACACAAAAGCACUCCAAUGUGGACAACGAAGUGGUCCAACAAUUGCGACAAACGAUGACCAAAAUGCCCGCUAUUAUGGCCUCAUUGCCGGCCAACAUGCGGACAAUGACGUCCGUUGUGUUCAAUAUGAAUGAUGCUUUGCUACAAAUCCCAAUAGCGCUCAAACAGUCGAUGAGUGUUAUGCCAGUGAUCGGCAAUAAAGACCCGCAGAAAGCGUUGGAAAGGGUGCGCCUCAAGAAGCGCUUCGAGGAGCCCAUCGCCGACGUCCGGCCCGAAGACGGUGUGGUGUUAGGCGACAGUUAUCUAAAGCAGUACAACAACACCACCGGAGAGAAAGCCGGCGGCUUUCAUAAGGCGGCCCAGAGUUUGGUCGUAGCCGCCCGACAGGCCUUCGCCGCCGCUCAGGGGGGCUAUAUAUCGCGUGACGGCUUGUUUACACCCGCCAAACCCAUUAUCAAAGCGGUUGAGUACACUAUAGACGCACUUCAAGAUUACAAAGUGGUCAGUCAGCUGCUGCCCAGGGCUGCCUUUGAGCCCUUUUUCGAUUUGCUCAAUGGCUUAACGAGUGCUAAAAGAGUGUAA